CAGGGUGCUGGGGACUUCUACCCAUGCCCAUCAGAGACCGGAGUGCUCUCCUGCCCCAUCUCCAGGGGCAAAAGUCCAGUCUCACUCCAGCUCCUAGACGCAGAGCAGGGACCCGCCCCUGUGUCUCCGUCCAGGCUGCACAGGAGACCUGACCUGCUCUCAUCAGCCUCUGACCUCUGACCCCACCCAGCGCCUUGGUGUCCGUGGCCUCCUCUGUGGCAUGCUGAGGGGAGUCAGUGGGAAGAGCUGCUCUUGGUGUGAGAAUUCCUUGGUGGAAUGCGGACAGGUGGAGGUCACAGAGGCCUCUAUGAUAUCACCACGAAGGGGGGCAGGACAGCUUGGAAUGAAGUUUCUUUGAGGAGUGGGAGGGACACUGAGCAACUAUGGCGGAUAACCAGAGGACCUGGUGGCAGCACUGGACCGACACCACCUAUAUCAUGCCUUUGAACCGCGUGAGGGCCGCUCACGAGUCCUACCUCCGGCCAGAGGAGCAAGUGCUCAUCAACCGCCGAGAUAUCACUAGCAGCAGUAAGGAUGCCUGGGACAGGCAGGAGUUCAUCACUCGCAUGUAUGUCAAGGAGCUGCUCCGACACCCGGCCUUCCAGCUGCUGCUGGCCGUGCUGCUGGUGGUCAACGCCAUCACCAUCGCUCUCCGCACCAACUCCGUUCUUGGCCAGAAACACUAUGAGUUGUUCUCUACCAUAGAUGACAUUGUGCUGACUAUCCUUAUCUGUGAACUUCUCCUCGGCUGGUUAAAUGGCUUCUGGAUUUUCUGGAAGGACGGCUGGAACAUCCUCAACUUCCUUAUCAUCUUUAUCUUGCUCCUGGGGUUCUUCGUUAAUGAACUCAGUGCCAUCUCUAUCACCUACACCCUCAGGGCACUUCGUCUGGUGCACGUGUGCAUGGCAGUGGAGCCCCUGGCCCGGAUCAUCCGUGUCAUCCUGCAGUCAGUGCCCGACAUGGCCAACAUCAUGGCCCUCAUCCUCUUCUUCAUGCUGGUGUUCUCAGUAUUUGGGGUCACUCUCUUUGGUGCGUUCGUGCCCGUGCAUUUCCGGAACAUGCAGGUUGCCCUGUAUACCCUCUUCAUCUGCAUCACCCAGGAUGGCUGGGUGGACAUCUACGGUGACUUUCAGAUGGAGACAAGGGAGUACGCAGUGGAGAUUGGGGGCGCCAUCUACUUUGCCAUCUUCAUCACCUUCGGUGCCUUCAUUGGCAUCAACCUGUUGGUCGUCGUGGUGACCACCAAUCUGGAGCAAACGAUAAAGGCAGGCGAACAGGGGCAACAGCAUCAAAUAGCCUUCAGUGAGACAGGCAACGAGGAGGGAAAUGGGAAUUACGAGCUGCCGCUGGUGCACUGUGUGGUCGCCCGUUUGGAGACAUCUGGGGUCCCCCAGGAGCCAUUUAUGGGGGGCCUCCCGACGAACCUCUCAGAAAACACAUUCGACAACUUUUGCUUGGUGCUCGAGGCAAUACAGGAGAACCUGAUGCAGUACAAGGAGAUCCGAGAUGAGCUCAACACGAUAGUGGACGAAGUACGCUCCAUCCGCUUCAACCAGGAGCAGGAGGAGGAGCUGAUGCACAGGCACUUGUCGUGGAGCCUGUCGAGGGCGAGCGGGUCCUCCAUAGCCACCCGUGAGAUAACUUGCCAGCAAGACUUGAUCACUGCGCUCGUCAACAGGGAAAAGGUUCAGGAAUCCAACACAAAUGUACUCCUUAACGUACACAAGUCCAGCCGCUGAGAGGGCAGGACGGGAGCCAACGGGCAUGAGCACACAGCCAGCCAGCAUCUUCUGCAUCACUAGCAUGACUUGGCACAUCCUGCCCUGAACCCAUCCUCUCCCUUACACCCGGGCAGAUGCCUGGGGAUGGAAGGGGGCAGCAUCUCUAGGGCUUGUGCCUGUGAGCCCCAGGUCCAGAGGAGCCGGGAUGGAGAAGGAUGCUGGAUGAGAGUGGGAGCCCUACCACAAGGAUGAGCACAGAAAGGGGUGCUGGCCAAGGCAGCCAGGAUUUGCCCUAAGGAUGGGCAUCCCUGGUAUCCUGCUAGACCAGAGCUAGAUGGAGUCUAAGUGGGCCCAAGCACCAAGAGAAGAAAGGUGAGGCCAGUGGGGCCAGGUAUCUGUAUCAACAGUAAACUUUUGUGUUGGGACCAAUGUGUCUGACUGGUGGAUCUCCAA